GAAUUGUUACUCAGGGACACAGAAUUGUUACUCAGGGACACAGAAUUGUUACUCAGGGACACAGAAUUGUUACUGAGGGACACAGAAUUGUUACUGAGGGACACAGAAUUGUUACUGAGGGACACAGAAUUGUUACUCAGGGACACAGAAUUGUUACUGAGGGACACAGAAUUGUUACUCAGGGACAGACACAGAAUUGUUACUGAGGGACACAGAAUUGUUACUGAGGGACACAGAAUUGUUACUCAGGGACACAAAAUUGUUACUCAGGGACAGACACAGAAUUGUUACUGAGGGACAGACACAGAAUUGUUACUGAGGGACACAGAAUUGUUACUGAGGGACACAGAAUUGUUACUGAGGGACACAGAAU